AUGUCUCAAGAUUUGAACGAGUCUAGAGUGAAGAAAGUUUAUUUCGGGCACUUUACUGUGGUAAUAGCUACCUCGCUUAUUGUACGCAAAGGGAAAGAUUUUUCUUUGAAUCUACAGGAGAAUUUCCUUGUUUAAUACGGUGGACUAUACCUACUUGACACGAUGCCUGUGGAGCUGAAUAACGACGGCCAAAACUGGUUGAUUUGAGCGUAUUCCCAAGAUAUGAAAAGGAUUGUGGAGCUGGGACGGGUGUACAACAUCCAUGCCGACGGACUCAUCGUUGUGAUUACAGCCCAGUUUUCAGGGUGGAUUGGUGAUGGCUCUCGAGUGAGAACGAUUUUGGCAAUUGUCACAGGUAACUCAAAAAAAUUGUUUUCUACAAUUAUAGUUAAUUUCCAAUACUUUUUUUAUUUCUUCAUUUGAGUGCUUGUAGCCAUUUUGUUUUUCGGUUAGUAAAAAAUCAGGACAGUGGACUGUGGACUGCGGACUGCGGAUUACGGACCGCGGACUUGGUAUAAAACACGGACAAGGCAUAAAAUGCGGACUAUGGGUUUUUUUAUUUAUUUAUUUUUGAAAACUCGGCUUAUUAUUUCCAAGGCUUUGCAAUGGACUUGUGGCCAGUCGACCUCUGUGAAUUUAUCACAGAGUUAACGCUACCAGAAGUUCAAACUCACUGACAUCUCCAAUGAGUAUUUAAAGUGAAAACAUUAUAAUUUGCUGUCUAUGUUACUUAAGGAGCUGGUUAAAACAUUAUUGAGCGUUGGUUUAAUUUGUUGAUUCACUGCCUUUCAGAUUCCUAUCUUUCACUGGUUUAAACCUACUAGCCCCGGAAUUCUCCUCUAACUCUUUUUUUAUAUCAAAUUCAGUGUUUUAUUCGCAGUAUUUUUAGGUAGCAUUAGUUAAGGGCUUUGUAUCUGUUUCUGCACCCACAAACUUUGGGGAGACAAGAUUGAGUGAUAAGCCAAAAAAAUGUUUGUAUUGGAGGCUACAACCAUUGUUUUAUGCUAAUCCGCAAUAUUUAUCUUAUUAUGAUCUCCGUACAGAUUCUUUUUAAACACCAUCAGUAUUCCACGUUUAAUACCCUAUGCUAUAGCCAAUUCAUAAUUUCUAGUCCGCUUUUUAUAUGCAGUCCACAAAGCAUAAUCCACAGUCCCAAGUCCAUUUUUUUUAACCAACUAAUAUUUACCAUAAUUUCAUUAAGAAGGCACCGGAAUGUUUCCACUGACGUCAUCUUCCUAUGUUUAGCUUUUGUUACAUUGAGGGUGGUGAAAAAAGGGGUCGUAAAGCUCUGUUUAAUCUCAGUAUGGUCUGGGUUAAAUCUAGAUUAUGCAAAUACAAUUGUUAACACAUUUUGAGCUUUAAAAUUAUACAGUUGUGUUGGGUUAUUUUUGAUGAAGAGUAGUUUCAUUUGUUAAAUGCCUCAGUGCAGUCUACGUGUCUUUUUCUUCUUUCAUUUUUUCAAAAUAAACUCUUAUCGUUAAUAGCAUUACUGAGGUCCUCAGGUGGCGCUGGACCUCCUGUUACCAGCAAUCACCGACAGUUUUGAUGAGAACUACUCCACCGUAGCACUCCAAGAAAUGUAGAAGAUGAAAAUGCCGUUUCGAUAUAGAAGCAUCCUUUCUCUAUGGAAGCAAGGAAAGAAGACAUGGAUCAUUAUAUAUGAUUCUAGGAAACAGCCCACCUACUCCCCUAAGCCACUAUUAACACUUACUUUUCACUUAGGGCAAAAUGUUGGCUUAGGGGGAGGGAUAGUUGGGCAGUUUCCCAGAAACGUCAUUUGUUUCAUAUGCUCUUAACCAGACCCCAAGAAACUGUAUUCUAAUUCAAAAAGCCUUAAUUUAAUCUGCGUAUUUUCUUCUAAGCACGUAUUAUAUUCAUUUGUCUCACAGCAUAAGGCUCAUGUUCCAGUCACUGGCAACGUUCAGGUCAGAUGUCCAUCGCAUAAGGAAAUUUGUCAUCUUUUCAAGACUUCCGUCUUUUAUGGACUGCAAACAAGUAAGUAGUCACUACUGUAAGGUCAAGGACUUUGGGUGAUAGAUUUCUUUGGACGAGCUGGCAGUAACAAUUCAGUCUGUACAUCAACAUUUCAGUUAUUUUAAGAGGAGAAUAGAUAACUGAAAAUUAUGUCUUCCUGGCCGUAAACAUCCCUUUUUCAUAAAGAAGCAUUGUAAAUAAGAUAAAUGUUAAAAAAAAGGAUAUACUCAUCUUUUAUUUCCAUAACCUAAGUGCUAUUCUGAGUAAGUCUUGUCUUCAUACCACAUCAUGAAAGAGCUAGUCCACGCAAGAAAAAUGUGAUGAGCGCAUGCAAAAAAUAGAAACUUGAAUCACGGAUUGUGACGCGUUUUACUGGCUUUAUUUUCUCAAAAGUUUACGAAAUCUUGGAAGAAAAGUACAACUUAACUGACAUAUUUCCAGUGUCGUAAUAUCUCAAUGAAAAAGGUGAUAACUGAAAUUCAAAAGUCUCUCAAAACCUUCUCAACAGGAUAACUAAAAAGUUUCUUUCAAAUUUUUCUUUCCACAUUUUUUCGUUUAUGGUGUAUUUUCAAUUCGGUGACGAGAGAUUAUUGUCCUAACUUUCACCGCCACGCGGCAGCCGUUUGAAAUUAUUUAUAAAGAAGCAAAAAUGUUUUUUUUUCAGUACCGCCGAAACCCUUUAUAUGUACGUACAGUAGUCUGAUUUUGACAGAACAAAAAUGCUUUAUCCGGGGGGGGGGGCAGGGAUGGGAGUGAUAGCUUGCUGGUGCCUUGGCCAGAAAAUGACUGGAAGUAAAACGCGCGAAAAAUAUCUGGUCAUCGUUCUUCGAUUAGGAAACAUUCAAACACGUACAUUGUAAAGCUUUUAAAUUUACCCGGACAUUCAGUGGAUGACAUCAGGAUUCAACCUAUUGAACAUAUCACACGCUAAGCUAAAGAUGAAUACUGGGACAUUUCAACUCUUUAUACAAGCCUACCACAUGCCAACUCCAUGAACUGUUGGAGAGACUCUUCAACACCAGAGGAAAUAACUUCUUCGCCACCAAUAAUUUUCAUGCUUUCUGGACGAAUGAUAGGAAGUACACUUACUUUUCCUGUAGGAAACUUUGACUCGCUAUUGACUUUCUUAUGGACAAAAUCUACGUCUACUUCGGAAACUUCUUUUUCCGGCAAGUUACACGUAUUUGUAUGGCGAUGGGCACUAACAGUGCACCCUUGUUGGCCGAUCUGUUUCUUCACACCCUUGAGUAUGACUUUCUGCUUAACACCAUGAAGAAAGAUAGACAAAAGCCAUCCACUUUAGCAACACCUUUUGACAUACAUUAACGGUUUAUUCAGCGUUAACAAUGAGGAGUUUGGAAAAUUACAUCAGCACAAUUUAUCCCUGGGAAUUGGAACUAGAGGGCAAUUUCACACGAACAACUGAAGUGUGUUACCUCGACACAAGGAUCAAGCUUGGUGACUACAACUCACCUUUUCAUGUAAGCAGCUACGCCAAAAGAGAUGACUUUGCAUUGCGGAUCGUGAAUUUUCCCCAUAUGGACAGCAAUAUCCCCACCAAACCGGCCUCAGGAUUUGCACGUCAAAGGUGGACUUUGUUGAUAGACUUCGCCGACUUUCUUCGCGUCUUAAAUCAAUAA